CUGGACGCGCAGUUAAGCCGGGGCAGUCGGACACAUCACCCCCCGUCUGCGAAACUCCGCAGGGCCUGACCGCCUUCCGAGCAACAGGGACACUCAGUAAUGGACCAGGUUCCUCCGUCCGUGAUGCGCCGCGCGCCAGAUGACAAAAGAGAAAAGGGCUCCAGGGCUGACGCAUCGGCCGACUCCCGCGCAAAAUGGCUCGGCUCGGGUUUUGGGACUGGCCGUGUGGAGUUAACACGCCUGGCCGCGCCUUUCUCUCCGCUCAUCAAUGAUUCAUCGCCCAGGCUUUUCCUGAGCAGGCUGCGAACAUUUGUCGGGUUUACAAAUGGCACUCCAUGGUAAAAUAUCGUCCUGCAUCCAUUGCAUCACCGACUCUCUGCCCCUGUGAUCUCGAACUCUGCUCCCAAAGAGACACUGUGCCUGUCCACGCCGCCAUCAGCUGCAAUUUCGCCCGUUUGAGAAUGCGCUCCCUGAGUCCUCACCAAGGGCGGUUUGUGGCAUGGUCACUUUGGUGCCUGGGAUUCAGCGUGGAGCCUUACGUGUGCACUGUCUGUGGGCCUGUAACAAUCUUCAGGCACACCGCGGGGGCUGUUGGAGCGUUGAUGCGCUGGCUUUCGUCCUGGCCCUCAUCAGCCACGGUCGCAGUCAUUGUAGCCGACUGUGCAGUGCAGCAACAAAAAAGCCACCGCAUAAGUCACCGCCAACAACCGGUCUGUCUUCUUUCCUCCGCUUUGUGCCCGAACCCUCACCCGUCUGGCCCUGCAGUCAUUUCUCAUAAUAACGUUGUGUUGAAGUCUUCUCGUAUUACUAACUGGAGCAGCGUUGAGCAAGGCUGCGCACACCAUUGGUUGUUGGUCAACAGCUUAACAAUCCCAGAUGACAAACCCUUUGAAGCGUGAUGAAUCAUAAUGGUUCUUCCCCGCAUCAUUGUCUCCUGCUUAUGGCGUGGUCAAAAAGGACCGUAACCAGAGUCUCGACCUGAAGUGUCGUCAUACAUCACUGAUCUCUUAGAAAUGAUGUGCGAGCACUUGUACCAUAUCAAUCGCACUGUUUCCGUAUUCCGUGCGGGACUGCAAGCCGACCAACCAUCGAUCGAUCGCAUUCCCCAGCUGUCAACGGAA